UAAUAAAAAUCUGAGUAAACCUUUUUUCAAAAAGCCUCUCUGAGUCUCUCGACAUAACAUUUUUGUUUGUUUGUUCCCUACCAUCAUCAUCGUUUGUAACUUUCCCCAGAUCCUCUUUCCCCUGUUUUCUUCUGCUAAGCCUAAAGGGUUUGUGUCCUUGGCCCUCCUGAAAAGAAAAAAACCCUAGCGAAUCUGCGUUUCCAUCUAUCUGAAUCCGUCAGAUCUAAGUCUCGAACCCCGCACCUCUUCCUUCCUUCCUGCUCUGCCAAUUGCUAUUAUUCUUUUUCCAUUUCGAGACUCUUGUUGUGUUUGCUUUUAUCUUCAGGGUUUCAUUGGUGCUGAAACACACACACACACACAUCCCAAAGUUGUAACAAGGGUGAUGUGAGUUCGUUCGUUCGUUCGUUCCUACCAUAUGUUAAAGCGUCUUGGAUGGUUAAUUGGACUCAGCCAACGAAGUAGGCAAACCAAGACUCUUGAUGCUCACCCUUACGUAGCCAAGCCUGUUCUCAUGGUCGACACUGUUCAAGAAAUCGCUGUUUAUAUCCAUAGGUUCCAUAACCUUGAUCUUUUCCAACAAGGAUGGUAUCAAAUAAAAAUCAGCAUGAGAUGGGAGGAUGGUGAUAACAACAAAUCCUGUGGGAUUCCUUCACGAGUUGUUCAGUAUGAAGCUCUUGAUUCAAGCUCAAACGACUCUUCUGGAGUGUGGAAGAUAGAUGACAAAGACAACAGUUUCUUAACUCAGCCCUUUCGUAUCAAAUACGCUAGGCAGGACGUGCGUCUCUGCAUGAUGGUCUCUUUCACUAUGCCACUGCAAAGAUACGAGGGGCCAGCUACAUCUGCUGUUAUACUGAGGUUCGAGCUUUUAUAUUCUCCAAUCGUGGAGAAUAUAUCACUCACUCAUUCAGAUGAUUCUCCUGCAUCAGUGCAUGAUUUUCGCAUUCCUCCUAAAGCCCUCUCAGGCGUGCAUUCUUACUGUCCGGUCCACUUUGACACCUUUCACGCCGUUCUCAUCGAUGUUAGCGUCCACGUCAGCGUCAUGAAGUCAGCUUCUUACAAACGUCCUGCAGUUUUGUCAAGUGAUGCGAGUAGUGGUAAAAGUUUAGCUAGCGGUAGUUCUCAGUCUUCCAAGAAAGCCUUUGCUCAGAUAGCUCCUGCUGACAAGCUGGUGUCAUUCGUGAAAGCCUUACUUGGAGCUCGGGACACUUUACUCGAAGAAAUGCAAAAACUCAGCAAGGCCAUUGACCAAACAAUCGACUUGUCUGAGUUUGUAUCCACUAUGGACAAAACUCUUUUAUCUGACUCUGCCUCAACGGAAAAAACUGUUGCUGUUGAAGGUUCAGGACAAGGCAAGCAACAAAACAAUCUUGAGUUAAAAACCUCACUUGAUUUAGAAAGUGAUGACUGGCUUCAUAACUUCUCAAAGGAGCAUCUGUCCCGCACAUUCCACUUACUAGGCACUCAGCUCCACUAUCUCUGGAAUACCUUUCUGACAUUUCAUCGGGAUAAUAACACAAAAAUCUUGGAACAUCUUCGAGAUACCUGGACGAAGGAUCGAAGAGCUGAGUGGUCAAUAUGGAUGGUGUACUCCAAGGUUGAAAUGCCGCAUCAUUUUAUAAGUGGAGUGGACGAUACUUCAAACCAUAGUUCGCAUAAAAGAGUCACAAGUGCGUUGAAGCUGAGUGAUCCUGCGCAAGUUGCAGCCACUCGCGCUGAGCUUCACCGUCGAAGUAUUGCACAAAUGCGGAUUAACAACCGGACGGUGCAAGACAUGCAUAUAUUUGGUGAUCCUAUGCGAGUUCCUAUUGUUAUAAUUGAACGUGUCUGGAACGCACCAAGGCGUACUUUCAGUGAAAACUCGUACAUGAGACAUGUUGAUAAGAUAGAUUCUAGCUUACUUAAUGGGCAUGAUGACGAGAGUGGGACAAGAAAACAUAAUAACUCACAGCAUGGUGGACGUGAGCUGAAGAUUGUUGUUUUUGUUCAUGGUUUCCAGGGGCAUCACUUAGACCUAAGGCUUAUCCGGAACCAGUGGCUCCUCAUUGAUCCAAAGAUAGAGUGUCUCAUGUCCGAGGCAAACGAGGACAAAACACAUGGAGAUUUCAGGGAGAUGGGGCAGAGGCUUGCGCAGGAAGUGGUUUCUUUCUUCAAGAGGAAAAUGGACAAACAUUCGAGAUACGGGCGGUUGAAAAAGGUUAAGCUGAGUUUCGUUGGACAUUCAAUCGGCAAUGUCAUCAUCAGAACUGCACUAGCAGAUAGUUUGAUGGAUCCAUACAGGAAGUAUCUACAUACAUAUAUAUCGCUUUCGGGUCCACACUUGGGUUAUCUAUACAGUUCAAAUUCGUUGUUUAACUCUGGACUUUGGCUCCUGAAGAAGUUAAAGAGUACUCAGGUUAUUCAUCAGCUUACGCUCACUGAUGAUCCUGAUCUUCAGAAUACUUUCUUUUACAAGCUCUGCAAGCAAAAGACUCUGGACGGUUUCAAGAAUAUAAUUCUCCUGUCUUCGCCUCAGGAUGGGUAUGUUCCAUAUCACUCAGCUAGGAUCCAAUCGUGCCAACCAGCUUCUUUCGACAACUCUAAAAGAGGAGUCGUUUUCUUGGAGAUGCUUAAUAACUGUAUGGACCAAAUACGUGGGCCAUCCCCAGAAACACCUCACCACCAGAGAGUGUUCAUGCGCUGCGACGUCAACUUCGACACGACCUUGUAUGGUCGUAACCUCAACUCGUUCAUUGGUAGAGCUGCUCACAUCGAGUUCUUGGAGUCUGAUAUCUUUGCAAGAUUCAUUAUGUGGUCAUUCCAAGAUCUAUUCCGCUGA